AUGGGUUACGCGCUGCUCCAACGUCACGACACUGUGUGGAAACUGGUCGACGCAAAUUCACGAUGGUGUACCGAUACGGAGUCAAGAUACGCCAUCGUCGAACUCGAGCUGGCGGCAGUCGAAUGGGCAAUGAGGAAAUGUAGAUUAUACCUUCUUGGCCUCCCCAUAUUUACGCUCAUGGUCGACCACCAGGCUCUUGUAACCAUUCUCGACCGUUAUACACUAGACGCAGUCGACAACCCCAAGUUACAACGCUUAAAGGAGCGUCUCACACCGUAUGUGUUCAACACGGUAUGGCAAAAGGGAAAGGACCAUGCCAUACCCGACGCACUAUCGCGCGCUCCUGUAAACGAUCCGGAACCAGACGACGACGAGACGAACAAGGAUGUUCAGCUUUUUUCACGGCAAGCGACGCUUCGGCGAAUAGCCGCGGUCGGGGCCGUCACACCGACAACAGAAGACGAGGAGGAAAUUACGGAUGAGCCAGAUCAUCUGGCGGACCCAGUGUUGGAAAAACUCAAGAUAGCUGCGUCGAACGACGCUUCCUAUUCCGCCCUUAUCCAGGCCAUUGAAACGAGAUUCACCACUAGACGGGAUUUAAUGGCGCCAGCCGCUCAUCAAUUUUGGAAAAUCCGCGACGAGCUGUCGGUGGACGACGGACUGGUUCUCUUCGGCUGCCGGAUUGUUAUCCCGCAAAAUUACCGACGCGACGUCCUUCUAAAUUUACAUGCGGCUCACCAAGGGAUCGUCCGCAUGAAGCGGCGAGCCCGCCAAACCGUAUACUGGCCAGGAUUGAGCAACGACAUCGUCGCGUUUGUUGAUAAUUGCCAGGUAUGUCAAGAACUUCAGCCGUCCCAACAACAAGAGCCCUUACUACGCGACGCUUUACCUGAGCGCGUCUUCGAGGAGGUAUCGGCGGAUUUGUUCGAAUCGGGGCGACUGCAUGUUCUCGUGUAUACGGACCGCUUAUCCGGAUGGCCGGUGAUCCACCGAUGGUAUCAUGCCCCUUCAGCCAGAGAAUUGAUUCAAGCGAUCACAGAAAAUUUUGUCGAUCUCGGGGUUCCCAUCCGUAUACGCACCGACGGCGGCCCUCAGUUUGGAGCCGGAGCAUUCCAGCAAGCGCUACAGAAAUGGGGGGUAGUGUGGGGAAAUUCAUCUCCAUACUACGCGCAGAGUAACGGUCACGCAGAGGCGGCAGUCGACGCUAUGAAGCGGCUCGUUUUGAAAAUCGCACCCGCAGGAGACCUCACAUCCGACGCAUUCAUGCAAGGUCUUCUUGAAUUCCGUAAUACGCCCCGCGAAAACGGAAUGUCCCCGGCGGAGAUGGUGUUCGGAAGCCAGCUACGUUCGAUAUUGCCAGCCCAUCGCACUUCUUUUGCUCCACGCUGGAAGGACAUCAUGAACGCACGAGACCGUCAACAGGCCUUGGAUGGCGGGGUGAAAAAGCGUUACGACGAACGGGCACGCCCGCUUUCACCACUGACCAUCGGUUCUCACGUACGAAUCCAAGAUCCCCAUUCCUUGCUAUGGGAUAGAGCUGGUCAAAUCGUCAGUAUCGGGAAAUACCGGUCAUAUCGAGUAAAAUUUGCAAGCGGAAGUGUAUUGUGGCGAAACCGACGCCACCUUCGCCCGUUAUUAUCCGACGACAAGGACGAGCAACAGAUUCCUGGCAUCGAAGGAGACGCAACGACGCCGCCAGCCGUCAGCAACGUCGACGGAUUACCAGAAACAGCAGCUAGCCAGACAAGACCGGAACCCGUUCCGGUACCGACCCAACCACGACGGAGCGGGAGGAUUCGACGGCCUCGGCUGAUGAUAGACGUGUAG